CAGACCACUUGGGGGACUCGGGUAUCCCAGUCCCAGAUCAGGAGGAGGAGCUCAGUGGAGGAAGUGGCUCCACACAGCCUGGAUGUGUGUAUGUGUGUGUGUGUGUAUGUGUGGAGCAGUUACCUCCAUAGUGAGAGUGUCGCUAACCAUUGGACUGUUAACCGACAACAGAACGACACCCUCGCGGAGGAAACCUCGCGCUGAGCCGCUCUCGAGCAGUCGGACGCCAAGUUAGCCUCUUGUGUCCCCCCCUCCCCACCUCGGCACAGGUUGAAGCGGUGCAGCCGGUCCAGAAGCGAGCAGUAUGCAUUCAGACUGCAGGCUGCUAUGGGCAGAGCGGUAAUGGUGGGCAGGGGACCGACCGGGGCCGGGGUUCUCGUCCUGUCGAUUCUCAUCAAUCUCACCACGGAAGGCUGUCGAGCGCAGAAAGGUGAUGGCUGUGGCCCCAGUGUACUUGGCCCGAGCAGUGGGACUCUGUCCUCUCUGGGUUACCCGGGCACGUACCCAAACGACACGGUGUGUGAAUGGGAGAUCAGCGUUCCCCGCGGCAACAGGAUCCACUUUCGCUUUGCCGAGUUGGACAUAGAAGACAGUGACUGCCAGGUCAACUACCUCCGCCUCUACAACGGCAUUGGACCUGAGAGGAGUGAGAUUGUGAAGUAUUGCGGUUUGGGUCUGAAGGUGAACGAGCUGAUCGAGGCCACUGGCAACCAGGUCACUGUCCAGUUCAUGAGUGGGACCCACCACAGUGGACGUGGAUUCUACCUGUCCUACUCAACCACUGAACACACAGAUCUAAUCACCUGCCUGCACAAAGGAACGGAUUUCCCUGAGGCAGAGUUCAGUAAGUACUGUCCAGCAGGCUGCUUGACAUCCACUGAGGAGAUUUCUGGAACUAUACCAAAUGGCUACAGAGAGUCCUCUCCUCUGUGUGUGGCAGCCAUCCACGCAGGUGUGGUGUCCAACGCAGAGGGAGGGAGGAUCUACGUGGUCAGCAGCAAAGGCAUCCCUCACUAUGAGGCCACACUGGCUAACAAUGUCACUUCCACUGGAGGAACUUUGUCGAACAGCCUCUUCACCUUCAAGACUAAUGGCUGCUAUGGAACGCUGGGCUUAGAGAACAGUGGUGUGGCGGACACUCAGCUCUCUGCUUCCUCUGUGUGGGAAUGGAGCAAUAUCAUUGGUCAGCACAGUGUGUGGGCGCCAUCAGGGGCACGGCUUAAAAAGGCGGGGCCGCCGUGGGCACCUUCUCAGAGCAACCAAAAGCAGUGGCUGCAGGUGGAUCUUAAGAAGGAGAAGAGGAUCACAGGCAUCACCACCACUGGCUCCACCCUGAGAGAAUACCAGUGCUACGUUUCAGCGUACCGGGUCCUGUAUAGCAGCGAUAGCCAGCAGUGGAACAUCUACAGGGAAGCAAACUCUACACAAGACAAGGUUUUUCAAGGCAACAUCAACUAUCUGCACGAGGUGAGGAAUAACUUCAUUCCACCAAUCGAGGCCCGCUUUGUGAGGAUCAAUCCAACCCAAUGGCACCAGAGAAUUGCACUGAAGUUGGAGCUGCUUGGCUGCCCAAUUCCUUCAGCGAGGCCAAGAACAGAUCCAAGGCCGAGGAUGUUGCCCCCCUCUCGUCACUCUCCACCAUCUGUGGGUACGAAACGCCCGCCUCACCUUGGUCAAACCACACACACCCCAGACAUCAGAAACACUACUAUGCCUCCUCACACUGGCAAAGAUGUGGCACUGGCAGCAGUUCUGGUUCCCGUAUUGGUCAUGGUUCUGACGGGUCUCAUCUUGACUGUGGUUUGUGCUUGGCACUGGAGGAACAGAAAAAAGAGCUCUGAAGGGACAUAUGAUCUCCCCCACUGGGAUCGCACAGACUGGUGGAAAAGCAUGAAGCAGCUGCUGCCCUCUAAGAUGGUGGAAACGGAGGAUUCAGUUCGGUACAGCAGCAGUGAGGUGGGGCGGCUUACAGGGCGAGGUGCUGUACCCAGACUACAUGCUGAACCUGCAGAAUAUGCUCAGCCCCUGGUGAGUGGUGUUACAACAUUAGGCGCCCGGUCAACCUUCAAACCCGACGAGGGGCCCGAUCCAGGAUACUCAGAUCCUGACCUGUACGACGCUCCCAUCUCACCAGACGUGUACCACGCCUAUGCAGAACCCCUACCAGCUUCGGGAUCUGAAUACGCUACGCCCAUCGUGGUUGAUAUGGGUUGCCACCCGUCAGGGGGCUCCUCCUUGAACCAGCCCUCCACCGUGUGCAGUUUCAUGGGUGCCGGGCCGGCCGCACUGCUCACACGGACGGACAGCAGCCAGUCAGGGAGGUCGGCUUACGACACCCCCAAGAACGCCACUGGACAGGUCACACCCACUGAGGAUCUGACCUAUCAGGUACCUCAGAGUAGCACUCAGAAGCCAUCAGGACAUAGCUGAAGAGUCUGGAUGCACAUGGCCUUAAUCUGCCCCUCACUGCCAACACAACCCACUGGACCAAGAUAUGGGGGUUGUUAGAGGAGGAGGAGCCCUUUGAGCCCUGGAGCCUGGGCUCGAGCCUUGAAUGAACACUACCUUAGCUUUAGAUUCAUCUGGAGAUGUCUGUAUUGCCUAAAUGUUUCUGCAUGGCCACAAUCUGCUUGUGUAGUGCCAUUACAGUCCUAUCACUGAAACCACAACGUUGAAUGUGUUCGUGCCACGUGUGAGAGGCGGAUGGAUGAAGAGGAGAAAGCUGACUACUAUUUGAUAAAAACUCUGUCCCUGUUCUGUGAUCCUUAGUAGUUGUUGCAUUCUGUGAAACUGUGAUUUCCAUUAUUUCAAUGUUUUUCUGUUACAUACUGAAUCAGGUGAAACCGGGAUGUACCUGAUGAUUUACAUUCAAAGAUUUAAGGGUUCUCUUACUGAAUUAAUUGCAUGUUGCAUCAAGUAUCCCAAAUCCAAAGUCAAAGAAUUCCUUCUCUCGUGAAACUCUACAGUAGUUUCCCACGGUACGUUUUGUCUUACUUUGUUUAAAAGCAUGACUUGAAAUUGUGUAUAGUUCUAGUAAUUCCAUUACUGCAAACCUGUUUAAACUCUCAGAUGAUUUACUGAUAUUUAUUUUUAUUACACAUCCUGCUGAAAAGGAGAAACUCUUAUUAAAAACAGCCCACCACUAGCCUCACUGAUUACAGGUCAAAGAAUUGUGGUCGCACUCUUGCAGACUGACAGUAAGUAGUUUUGAUCAUCAGAGAUGUUGCAUGUUGCUUUGAAAAGGCCAAUCAGUAGGAUUGAUCCAGUGAAGUCCCCAAGCAGAAAAAAAAACCUUUUUGUCAGACCAAAUGUUGCCUCUUCUAUGUUAAUGCAAUGUUAAUUCACAACAGAACCAAAUUUUGACAAUUGUGCCAACAGUGUAGGUUCAGCCAAAUAGACAUUAAAGCAGUCUUAAUGUAGGAAAAAAGUUUGUUUUUAAAGGCCUAGUUAGAAGGUGAUUUCCUAGCUCAAAAGGUACAGAGACAGGAGGCAGAUGGGUUAAUCUGUUACAGCUGAUUAUUUCAUAGAGUUUCCUGUUCGUUUGUCCUGAACUUUUGGAUUUUAUUUGUGCAUCGUGGUGAUUUGUCUCGUGUUGAACUGGGUGUUUGAUCUGUCUUAAUGCAUUCAAAGUGUGACUCGUUCCUUCCUUGUAUCUAUGUGCAUCAACAUCUGUAUGUGUGUUAAGCUGUUUUCAGUCCUGUGUGUGUUUUUGUUGUUUGGACUGUUUUUUUAAUGCAGCUUAUAGUUGUAGUAAGAUGUGUUCAGUCGUUGUCUGUAGCACCAGUAGACUGCAUUACCCCUCCUGUCCUCCUGUGGUACUAAUCAGGCCAAACGCUCUGUGACAGGAGCGCAGAUGGAGGAAAAAAAAAUGGAACAAGCUGCUUUAUAACGUAACAGAAUAGCAACCUCACCAGAGGGGGAAGGUGUUAUUCACACAGCUGUGCCACCAAUCAUGCUUUGAUUAUGCUCAAUAACCAAAGCGACCUACAGACAGAGUUCUGGUGCUCCCCGGUCACAGAGGGAUUGUGUUUAUGUGGCUCUCACUGAUUGUAAAUAGAGAAAUAAAGAGUUUUAAAAGAAAA